ACGCUCUCCCUGUCCCUCUCUCUCUCCCUCUCCUCCACCGCCGCCACGAGACGUCACACUUCGCCAUGGGCAACGGGCGCAAUGUUCCGCGUUUCGUGCGACGUUAGCGCAGCGUCUUCGCAGGCGGGCGGGCAGCGAAGCCCCUUCACAAGCCCCCUUCACGAGCCCCCUUCACGAGCCCCCUUCACGCCGCCCGAGCGUCGUCCGUCAUCGCUGAUCCCUUUAACCCCGCCACGAUUGGCUCCCCGUCGACGUUUGCCGGCGAGGUUUUUUUUAUUUUCUUAAAUUUUUUUUUAAAAACUUCACGACGCGUUCCUCGGUGUCGCGAGCGGCGCUACCUCCCUCCGUCCUCCUCCUCGUCAUCGUCGUCGUCAUCCUCCUCCUCCCUCGCAUCAUCGUCGUCGAUGACACCGGCGUCGCCCGCUCCAUGGCCGGGCACUUUGACGCGCCGCGGAGGAGAGGGAGGCACAGCUACCCGAGCGCGAAGCGUCACGCGGUCCCCCACGCGCCGGGCACCGCCACCGAUUGGAGCGCCGACCGCCUGAAGCGCGAGCUGGAGAGCGAGCUGAAGCUGGACAGUGAGGACGUGCGCAGCCACGCAUGGUACCACGGCGCCAUCCCCCGGCAGGUGGCCGAGUCCCAGCUGGAGCGCGACGGCGACUUCCUGCUGCGCGACUCGCUGUCGGGCGCCGGCGGCCUGGUGCUGUCGUGCCGCUGGGCCGAGCGGCCGCUCCACUUCCGCGUCGAGCGCCGCACGCCCACCACCUCCACCGCGGCGGCGGCGGCCCAGCAGCGCUCCUCCGGCGACGGCCACCACCGGCGUUCGCUCGGCGACUCCUACGCCAUCCAGCCCGGCGGCGACGGCUUCGGCAGCGUCCCGUCGCUCGUGCGCUUCUACGUCGGCAACCGGCAGCCCGUGUCGCCGGGCCAGCCGGGGCCCGGCGGGUUCGGGCCCGUGUGCAUCGCGCGGCCGGUGAACCGCGCCGUGCCGCUGGCGUACCUCGCCGCCGUUCACCGCGACGCGGCGCGCCUGGCGGAGCUGGCGGCUCACGGCGGCAGCAACGACAACAACAACAGCUGCGGCUUCGAUAGCUUCUACCGGCAAGAGAGGCCGGAGCGGCACGCGGGUUGCGCCGGGAACCACGGAGCCGGUGGCGGCUGCUGCGGCGACGGCGGCGGCGGCGGCGGCGGCGGCGGCGGCUGCGACGUCAGGGGUCAUCAGGGGUCGUCGAAGCGUCAUCAGCUGACGGACACGUCCUACAGGAACGGCAUGGUGUUUGAUUGGACGCAGGACGGAAGGGCAUCUGAAGCGCACGCCCAGGGCAACACGCUGCCGGGAUACGGCACCGGGGCGGACAUCUGGCGAGACGGCCUCCGCAGGACCCCCACCUGGUCGCCCAAGGGCCUCCGGUCCGCGCAGCCGUCGGCCCACGCCGACCUCUCCUGGACGACGUCGCCCCCGCCCGCCAACGGGACGUCGGGGGCGGUCCCCGCUUCCGGCAAACACGCGGAGGAGCGGCUGGCGGGCGACUCGGAGCCGUACCACUCGCUCAUCUCGCCCCACAAGGCCAUGGAGGCCCUCGAGCGGGACGCGGCCGCCCUGCGGCUGGAGAGCGACGUCAACGCGGCCGCGGCCGCCGCCGCCGCCGCCAAGCGGAGCCUGCUGCUGCCGCCGCCGCCGCCGGGCCCGGCGCGCGAGGCCUCGGCCGCGGGCGGCGGAGACGCCGGCGACGGCGCCAGAGAAGCGGCGGCCGCGGCGGAAUUCCGCCGCCCCACCGUGGAGACGGAGUCGACGUUCCGGCCGCUGGAGUUCGCGUCGCUGCUGCUGCCGCCGGAGAACAAGCCGCUGGAGACGGGGGUGCUGCGGCGCGCCAAGGAGCUGCAGGGCGAGUGCGACGUGCGCACGGCCGCGCGCUGCAUCAUGCUGCUCGACUGCGAGGUGGCUCGCAUCACCGGGGUGACGGAGGAGCUCGUCCUGAAGAUGGGCGUCCGCUCCGGCCUGGAGCUGCUCACCCUGCCGCACGGACGGCGGCUCAGAGAAGACGUCAUCGAGCGGUUCCACGCGCUGGCGAUCGGCCUGGCGGUGGACGUGCUGGGCUGCACGGGCUGCCUGGAGGAGCGUGCCGAGCUGCUGCACCGCUACGUGCAGCUGGCGCUGGAGCUGCGCGGGCCGCUGGCGGAUCUCUACGGAUUCUCCGCCGUCAUGCACGCGCUCAUGCUCCCGCAGGUGUCCCGUCUGGAGCGGACGUGGGAGGUGCUGCGCCGUGCCCACACGCAGAGCGCCGUCGCCUUCGAGAAGGAGCUCAAGCCCUUCCUGCUGGCGCUGCAGCAGGGCAAAGUGCACGUCGACGCCCGGGACACCAGCGUCCCGCACCUCCUGCCGCUCGUCUCCCUCCUGGAGGAGCCGAUGCCGCCGGCGGAGCCGUCCGCCGCCGGCCCGGCGUGGCCGCCGCUGCCGGCUGAGAGGACCGGCUCGGGCGGCGACUGGGAGCGGGAGUGGGCGCGCGGCGGCGCCUCCGCCGGCGAAGCGUGGGAGCAGCCGGGCGACGCGGGGAUGGAGGCGGUGGUGGCGCAUCUGCAGGCCGGGCGGGAGAUGGCACGCGACGCCGCCCUCUACUCCGCCAACGCCGAGCGCCGGCUGAGAGGAUUCUCGGUGGACCCCGCGACCCUGGAGACGUUCCGCACCGAGUUCCACCUGCGCCUCUACUGGGGCAGCCGCGGCUGCCGGGCCGAGCGCCACGAGCGGCUGCACAAGUUCCACCACAUCCUGUCGGCGCUGUCGGCGCGCCUCGAGUCUCCGCAGCGCCACUCCGAGCUCUGACACGGCUCGGCAAUGACGCACGGCGCUGGCUCCGGCACGGCCCGGACGGAAGAGGAGGAUGACGAGGGCGACGCGGCAAACGACUUCCACCACCGGCGCUCGCUCGUGCCGGCGCCACUGACGCCGGCGGUGUCCAGCGGGCGCCGGGACCGCGACGGAGCCCCCUGGGCGACGCCCGAGUCGUUUGCGCCGGUGGCGUUUUUUUGUUUUUCUUGCCGCCGAGACCGCCGGCCGGCCGUUCUGGGCGGGCCGCGACGAUGGCGGGCGUGGACGACGAGAGCCGCGGUCGCGGUCGGUUGUAAGCGACGGACGGACAAGUGAAUGUGCGGCGGUGGUGGCCGUGUACGAGGAGGAGGACACGGAGGAGGAGGUGGAGGAAGACGAAAAUGUGAAGGGAGGACCGACGUGAAUUGUGACGGCGAAGG